AUGGAAUAUCAACAAACACCCGGAUCAGCAAGGCCAUUUUCUUCCACAAAUCCUUUUAGGACUGAUGAAGUUACUUCAAAUGUUCAACCAGGCUAUCCGAAUAAUAGUAAUCGGAACCCAUAUGAUACUCCACAGAUAGGUCAAAAUAAGGUGGAAACAACUUCAAUGUACAAUAACUCUAAUGGUUCGGAUACAUAUGCAGCUCGUCCUGUUAUGACCAAACGAAAUUCUACUAACCCAUUCCUUGACGAUGCAGCUAUUACCCCAGAACAUUCUGGGUUAUUUUCACCACAACAGUAUGAAUCAGAUAGUAGAGCACAAUUUUCUCCACCACAGUAUAAGGACCGACCACAGCAUAUUACUGCUAAGGAGGAAAAAGAACAGCUAAGAAGAAGGUAUAUGGAGCAAAGUGACGGAUCAGAAUUAAAAAAUAGUUUUGCAAAUGUAGAUCGUAUAGAGAUCAAUUCACAGCCACCACCGCCAUCCUAUGAGGAGAGUACAGAUUUUAAUUCUAAUAAUAAAUAUCCAAGAGAAAAACAAGCACUAGGUCAGGCUAGUAGAAAUCAUUCUAAUUCUAUUCCAUCCAUACAGCAUUCAUAUAAUAAUAAUAAUCAUUAUGGAGGUAAUCGACCAUCUGAAAUGCUUCCACAACGUCAUCACAGCACCAUUGAAAGAACGCAAAGACAUCAACAUCAUAAUUCAAGCAGGAGCCAUGGAAGUUCGACAAGUUCUAGAAAUAAAAAGGAUAAAAGGAAAAGUGUGGCUAUUGUAUCUAAAAAUGUGGACACAAUAGAUAAAUUGGAUGUUACUGGACUAUUUGGUGGAUCGUUCCAUCACGAUGGUCCAUUUGAUGCAUGUGCUCCACAUAGAAAUAAAAAUAAUAAAUCUGCACCAGUACUUGCGUUUCCUGUAGAUGGUCCAAAUAGUACUAUUGGUGGUGCUAUUACAAAGAAAUCUGCUAUGAGUGAAGUAUUUGGCGUAGAUGAUAUUGAUGAUGAUUCGUUUUUAUAUUCCUCAAAAAAUUCGUCGUCAAAAGAUGCUUUAAGAAGUUCUGCUUCAAAGUAUAUACAGAAUAUGGACACUAAAAACAGGACCCAACAAGUUCAUGGGGUGGAAACUUACGGUUUAGGUUCAAGCACAUUUUUGGAUGGUGCACCAGCUGUAGGUACUGUUUCUCAUAAUUUGGGCGUACAAAGGGGUAAGACAAUAUCUUAUAGAUCUUCUAAUUCUUCUAGUCUAAGAAAUAAUUAUGAUAAUAUUGACAAUAAUGGGUUUGUAAACAAUACUAAUAAUAUCCGGAGAAAUUUGAGCACCAAUAGUCGUCCAGUGGUAAAUAGAUAUAAUAGUUUUAAUAGUGAUGAUAGACAAUUAAGCAAAGUUGACGUAAGAAAUCCAAUGGUAACACGUAGUGCUGGUUCGAGUCAAGUAGAAUUUAGGGGAGAUUUUGAUAGAAAGAAAGGCCAAGAAGAAGAUGAAGAUGAUAUAUAUUUAAGUGUUGGUAGUGGAAAUGGUGAAAAAGGUAGUGUUGGUUUUAAUGAUGUAUCUAGAACUGCCACUAAGAAGGCAUCAGCUGGUAGCAAAUUAUUGAAAAGGGUAAAGAGUUUGAAGGUUAGUAGUAGAAAAUAUUGA